GGACUCAAGAGAUUUAAUUAAUAUAGAUUUUUAUGUAUUCUCUUUAUCACUAGUGUUUCCUCUGUAGUCUCACUAUGAAUUAAUUUUCAGUCAUGUAUCAUUUUGCAAAGAAUUGCAAAGUUGCAUAUUGCCAAGUCACUUCUCUUUUGCUGAUUACUUGAGUACCUCUUUAGCGAGUCUCAUAUGCCCUCGUAGCAGUAUGUUAGAAGGCCAUUCUCGAUCUCGUACAGCCAAUCUCGUAUAGCUAAUCUCAUAUAGCCUCUGAAAACAAGAAGAAAAAUAUAAGAACAGAUAAAAUACGAGCGGAAUGCCUUAAUCCUCUUGGACGGAGGACGGAAUUUUGGGAACUUUGUGGGACCGUAUUGCACCCCUAUUUCAACCUUCCAGCUCCCCUUUCCCCCCCUAAAAAAGGUACCCAGCCACCAUGAAUCCUUUAUUUUGGAUGAGCAGAUCACGCCCUUCGUCGAAGCCUUCCUCCAGGGCGUCGUCUCCGAAUUUUGUUUAUCAUACCAUGUCUCCUUCCUUCAAGUUCUCGAGGAAGGCCUCGUCGUCCUACUCCUUGAAGUUGGAGCCCGUGCGAGGUGGAGCAGUCGUGGGAGGUGGUGGAGGAGGAGGAGGAGGCGGAGGAGCAGGCACGGGAGGCAAGAACAAGGGGAGGAGAAAGCCAGUCUCGACGCCCGCGUCCCCAAGCAGGACCAGGGAGCCCCAGUGCACCUGCAUGACGGCUGAGCAAUACGCCAGGCUGCGCGCGCAGGACCCCAGACUCAGAGGUACCGGUGUCGGGACACUGACCCGUAACAAAGAGGAGGCGCCCGUGUCCGUCGGAGGCGCCAACGACCGAGGAGGACUAGGAGAGCCGGCGACGCCAGGAGGCGGCGGCGGCGGCGGAGUAGGGGGAGGAGGAGGAGGAGGAGGAGGGCGCAGCCUGCGAGACAGCCGGCGAGAACUGUCGUCGAAGAGCGUGGACUACUCGGAGAUGGACACCGUGCGGGAGACGGACACCCUGACGCGCCGCGGCCGCAGCAAAAGCACCGACGACGUGACAAAAGGUAAUUCAGACUUCGAGAACAAUGUUGCAACACCAAGUUCCCCCACUAGCCAGCUGUUGCAAGAGUAUGAAAUGCACCUGCGGAACACUUUGGCUAAAGGGAUGGACGCUGAGAGUUACAGUCUCCAUACCUUUGAGGCUUUGCUUACCCAGAGCAUGGAAAAUCUCGAGUCCAUAGUAGAAGAAGGGUCAGUGUCCAGGCCAUCCUCAAGUGGCACUCCCAUAAAUUCUGUGGAUGACACCCCAAGGCACUCGGGGUCAUGGAAGUCAACGCCGUCAUCCAAUUCGCAUCCCAUAGGAGUGACAAGGGACUCUGCCUCUAAAGUUUAUGAUCAGAGAAGAAGACAAAAACUUCUCUCGGAGAUCAAUCGCAUUCAUAAGAAGUACCAGGCAAGGCACACCUCACCUGCAUAUAUCAAUGAUGAGCCACUCAUCCCUUGCCCAAGUGUACAUGGAGUGCAGAGGGCAGAAAGCUUAGGAACUGUCAAUAAAUAUGGAACGCUUCCAGCAAGUCAGCGAGGCUCUGAGAGAUCUCUGCCAGCGGCAGCACUUAGGGACGACCGUGAUCACAGUGGCUACUUUAGUGAUCGUAAUGACAGCUACGGAAGCCGUCGUGACUUGCAUGACAGAGGCUACAUGAGUGAUCAUGAUCGAAGGUUCUAUGAUCGCCAGGAUAGCAUUCGGUCUGGGUACAUGAGUGACCGAGAGAGAGGCUAUACCAGCGAUCGGGAUUCGAGAGGCUACAUGAGUGAUCGAGACCGCUCAGGCUACAUGAGCGACCGAGAGAGAGGCUACAUGAGCGAUCGAGAAAGAGGCUAUAUGAGUGAUCGCGAAAGAGGCUACAUGAGUGAUCGCGAAAGGGGGUAUGCCAGCGAUCGCGAGCGUGGAUACGCCAGCGAUCGCGAGCGUGGAUACGCCAGCGAUCGAGAGCGGGGUUACGCAAGCGACCGAGAGCGAGGCUACGCUAGUGAUCGAGAAAGAGGAUAUAUGAGUGAUCGAGAGCGAGGGUACAUGAGUGAUCGGGAACGCGGUUACAUGAGUGACCGCGAGAGAGGCUAUAUGAGUGACCGAGACUCCAGGGGUUACACCAGUGAUCGAGGCGGUUACGGCAGUGACCGGGAGAGGGGUUACUCCAGCGACCGAGAACAUGGCGCCCUGGUCACGCAGGCAUCCAUGGAGAGCGCAGACUCUAGGCUCUGCUACCUCACGUCUUCUGAGCGGCUGCUGCCUCCGCCCGUUGGCGCCUUCAGCCCUAUUUGCAUGGCGAAAGAGAAUAUGCACUUGCAAGAGAGAAUGCACCACCCUCAGGAGAAUGUGCACUUGCAGAACAGUAUGUACUUGCAAGGCAAUGUCAAUUUGCAAGGCAACAUGAUGCACUUGCAAGGCCCUGGUACUCCUAACAUAUAUAAUACUAGCACUAAUAGGUUUUUUCAAGGUACAAACAGUGUGCAAUACCCAGAUGGUAGUAGACUUGUGCAGGGCGGGGUGCCCCAGCAUGACCACAUGCCAUUUCUGAACAAUGUGCAUGAUGGCUGCUACAUGUCCCCCGACGCAUUGAGCGCCAAUGGCAGCGUCGUGCCCUACGCAGGUGGCAUGCACUACCCAGGUGGUAUGCUGCCUCCAGACAUGCACUUGGCAGGUCCAGGUGGUAUGCCAUACCCGGAUCAAGUUCCUAACGCUAUCCCCUACCCAGAACACGAGGCCACUGCCGUCACUUUCGAAGACCAGGUCGUGCCCAACGCCAUCACCUACCCAGACCACGCCGGAGGCCAGAACACAGUGACCUUCCAAGAGCCGGUGCAAAACGGCUUGCCUUAUCAAGAGCCCCUGACCCCCAACGCCUUGCCUUACCCAGACCACGUUCCCAGGGGCGUGACCUUCGAGGAACCAGCUCAGGACGACGAUGAUGACGAAGACGACGACGACGACGACGACGGCAGGGGGAUGCCUUACCCAGAGCACCACCACCAGAGAGUGGCGUUUCAGGAGCCCUUUCAGCCCUUUCAGGAAGACCACCUCUCCUUUCAGGAGACCAUUCCCUUUCAAGGGGACCUCCCCAUUUACCAGGGGAAUCUGCACCUGCAAGAUGGAAUGCACCUGCCGGAGGGCGUGCAUCUGUCGAACGACGCAGAGGUCAAUUCCCAGAACGAAAUGAACCACCUCCAGAACAGUGGUAGUCUGCAGCAUCAGCACCAGCACCAGCACCAGCAGCACCUGUCAGACAUCAAUAUGAACGAGAACAGGCAGUUGCAAGGCAAUACCGACUUGCAAGAGGAGAUGCACUUGCGAGAGAAUAUGCACUUGCAAAACGAUGGUUGUCAUUUGCAAGACAAUAUGAACUUACAAGGCAAUACUUCCUUGCAAGAGAAUGUUGACUUGCAAGGCAACACACUGCACUACAAGAACAGCAGCGGCAUGCACCUACAAGGCCACGACACAGACUUGCAAGAAGACGACCACAUGCAUCCUAUGCAGAACCACAACCACUUGAUAGACAAUCACCACCACCAUCUCCACCACCACCAUCUCCACCACCAUCUCCAACACCAAAACAUGCAAGGGAUCGACAACAACAACAUGAACAACAACCCCCUGCAGAUGAAUGGCAAUCACCCCCACCUGCAUCACCAUCACCAUCAUCCCUUGCAACAACAGAGCGGCCCUCCUCCUCCUCCUCCUCCUCCUCAUCAUCAUCCCAUGCACGAGGCGCUGGUGCCCUUUCACGACAGUCGGCAUCACCAUCCUCAUACGCAGCUGCAGCAGAUACAGCAGCUGCAGGGGCAGCAGCAGCAGCAUCAGCAGCAGCAGCAUCCGGAUGAUGAUGAUGAGUACGCUCCUCUGCAGGAGGGCUACGUCUUCCAAGAAGGUGGCGGCGGGGGCGGGGGCAUGCUUUAUAUGGCCAACGCCUCGCCCUCCGAGAUGCACUUACCAGAUAGCAUGUAUGACUUGCAAAACCACAUGCACUUGCAAGACAACUUUCACUUGCAAAACGGUAUGCACUUGCAAGAUCAUUACCUCCUGCAGGACAACAUGGCGUACUUGCAAAGCGGCAUGCAUUUGCCAGACGGCAUGAUUCCCCUGCAGGGUCCUGUGCCCUUGCAAGACAGUAGUACGCCCUUGCAAGAUGCUCUGCAUUUGCACUCCCCGGGAGGAGAGCUUCCCAGGAUGAUCACCGCACCCGCUGGUGGCGCAAUGUCCGAUGACGACCGCAUGUCGCUGACGACCGCCGUGAGCGAGGAUGAGGACGGGGAGAGCGUCCACAACUCCCCUUACAAGGCGCCUCGGGCGGGCACCACUGCCGCCUCCUUCAACUGCACCGGCGCCGUCAGGAAGGCUGGAUUCCUGAGCGUCAAGAAGUGGCUACUACGUAAGAAGCACCAGAUCGAGCUGGCGCGCAAGCGGGGCUGGAAGGGCUACUGGGUCUGCCUGAAGGGCACGACGUUGCUCUUCUACCCCUGCGACUCGAGGGAAGGGCGCUCCGUGGAGGCGGCCCCCAAGCACCUCAUCAUCGUGGACGGCGCCAUCAUGCAGCCGAUUCCCGAACACCCGAAGAGGGACUACAUCUUCUGCCUCUCGACGGCCUUUGGAGACGCUUACCUGUUCCAGGCUCCCUGUCAAGUCGAACUGGAGAACUGGGUGAACAGUAUUCACAGCGCAUGCGCAGCUGCCUUCGCCAGGCACCGCGGCAAGACGGGUACUUUACAUCUCCUACAGGAGGAGAUCUUCCGCAUUGACAGAGCUAUUGAGUCUGACUCUAAACUGAAGCAUAUGGCAGAACUCCAGCUGUCAGUGGUGUCAGAUGCAGAGAGCAAACAGCAGAUCAUGGGUCAAAUCAUGCAAUGGGAAGAGAACUUGGAGAGACUACAUUGCGAACAGUUCCGUCUGCGUUGCUACAUGGCUUCCUUACAGACUGGGGAAUUGCCCAAUCCUAAGGGUUUGUUAACUCACGUCUCCCGUACAACCAAGACUACGCUCAAUCGGUUAGGAGUUUUUACUGUCAGUAGCUUCCAUGCUUAUAUUUGUGCCCGAAGUCCCUCCCUGCUCAACAAUCUCCUCGCUGGCAGAGGAGCCACUAAACGCAGUCUUGAAUGUUGCAGGGCACCCAUGUUAUCGCGAAGCAAUAGUGUCUCGUCUCGACGCUCGCUGCAAAUGCAACAGCAACUCGAGGGAGAGCAGCAGUACAAGGUUAAUUUGCCAGACAAUCAGACUGUAAGUAUCAGCCUCAAAGAUGCAAUGACCGUUGAAGAAUUUUUGGUGGCAGCCAGUAGUCGUAAGAGCCUGAAUCCUAUGGAGCAUUUUGUACGAGUCAAAAAGCGCAGAGAAUUAGAGGAAACUAAUUACUUUGUGCCACAUCGCACAGAUCUCAUUGAAAAUUAUUUGGCAACCCACGAAGUUGUAGAAAUCUGUGCCAAAAUUCUCUACCAAGUAGAACUGUCUCGAUCUUCCCUGGAUCACAUGUGGGGCUUCAGCGUAGAAGCUGAGCUCAUAGAGAACUCUGAGAGGCAGGACGAACUCUGCUGUUACAUCUCCAGAGUCGAGGAUCGCUCCACUGCAAUGCAGAACGGAAUCAUCAAAGGGGAUGAGAUCAUGGUCAUCAAUGGUGCAAUUGUUAGUGACCUAGACAUGAUGUAUAUUGAAAGUGUCCUACAAGAGGAACUUGCUUUGUGUCUCAUGAUGAGGUCUUCUAGAACUGAUCCCCCUGACCUAGCAUCACUUAUGAAAACCACUGAUGAGAUCAUUGAGUCGCUCGUGUGUCCACCACCACCCACAGAGGCAUCCUUGAAUGAGGAGAUGAUCUCAAGGAUGAUUGUUCCAGCACCUUCCUGGAGUAAAAGUAUCGCAUCUGGUAAAGAGCCAGCGAGUCCAGACGGCUUCCUACCGCCACCUUCAGACACUUCCGGAUCUAACGUUUCAUCCCUGGAAAUUGAAAGUUUAUUAAAAAAUUCUGACCUGGGUGGAGGAUGCUGUCGAUCUCCCGUCGACCGCAGGGCCAGCCCCACCGGCUCCAUAGCGUCGACUCAGAGCCAGUCCCAGCUCACUCCAUCCCGUCAGCUCAGCGAUGGGGAGCGACUCAAAAAAGUCAUCCUGGAGCUCGUCGAUACGGAAAGGAGCUACGUCAAGCACCUGAACAACCUCCUGGAGAACUACCUGGAGCCCCUGAAGAGCGCGUCCUUCCUGAGCUCCGCCGAGGUGAACGCCCUCUUCGGCAACAUUCGGGAGAUCGUGGCCUUCCAGAGACUCUUCCUCCAAGCCCUUCAGGAGGCUCUCGACAUGGAGCCCGGCUUCCCCAAGUUCGACCAACCGUACGAAUUCAGGAAUGUCCUUUUCUCCAUCGGGAGCGCCUUCCUCUACUACGCCAGCCAGUUCAAGUUGUAUAGCUCUUUCUGCGCCUCACACUCCAAAGCUCAAAAAGUCCUACAUCCCAGUGAGGGUAACCAAGCUCUACAAGAGUUCUUAGCAUCGCGCAAUCCACGCCAGCAACACUCUGCCACCUUAGAGUCGUACCUCAUCAAGCCUAUCCAGCGCAUCCUGAAGUACCCUCUGCUUCUGCAGCAACUCAAGGCUCUGACCACCCCGGGUUCUGAUGAGCAUAGACAUCUAGUUGAGGCCCUGAAGGUCAUGGAGAAGGUAGCCGAGCAUAUCAACGAGAUGCAAAGGAUCCAUGAGGAAUAUGGUGCAAUAUUUGACCAUUUAUUCCGUCAACAUCAAAAGUCUUGCAAACAAGAACCUAGGAUCUCACAUGGUCCACACCUCCCACAGCCAAUCGACCUCUCUCCGGGGGACCUCCUCUACUAUGGAGGUGUUGAGUGGCUCAAUAUCUCCGAUUUCCUCGGCAAGAUCAAGAAGGGCCUGGAACUUCAUGCCAUGUGCUUUGUCUUCAAAACAGCUGUCGUCUUCUUAUGUAAAGAGAGACUUAGACAGAAGAAAAAGCUGAUGGUUAGUUCAGUAGGUGCUCCUGGGAAGAAUAGUUCAUCAGAAGUUGAAAUUAUUAGGUAUCAGGUGCUCAUCCCAGUGACAGAAGUGCAGGUUAGAGCGUCUUCUAUGAAAGACAUGGACUCUCACUUUCUUUGGGAACUUAUUCACCUCAAAAGCCAAUUACAACGACGGUCUGAAAAAGUCUAUCAUUUAUCUAAUAGUACAUCAGAAUUUCGAAAUGCUUUCCUGAAGACUAUACGACAGAUCAUCAGGGAAUCUGUACGCAAUAUGAACAUCCCAGCCAAUAAACCAUCAUCAUCCUCUUCCAGCGUUUCAAACAAAGGGAACACAAACACAUUACAGCCAUCACGGUCGGCACAAAAGAAAAAGACUCCCAUAGUACAGUCGGCAACCCUGCAACGACAUUCUGCAGGUAACAUAGAUUAUGACAACCUGGAGAGCUACGACAACGUGCCCGAGACGCAGAUCGGGCAUGACCAGUCCAACUUCCGCACACGCAGCAAGACAAUGUCGGAUGGCAUGGACGAACUCAGUGAUUCAACCACCAAGAGCGACGGCGGCAAGGACGAAACGGGAACGCGGUCGGAGGGCGAGGAGGAGGUAAUAGAGAAGAAAAAGGCGACCCUGGGGCGAACCCCUAACCAUCUCUCGCUGUCCACCACCUCGACGCUCUCUACGGGCUCCACCGGCUCCAUGGCCAAGCUUAUCCAGGCCUCUAACCAGCCAUCACAGUAUCAGCCAGCCAAGAGUGUUGGUUCACCAGUAUGGAAGCCUCGUGAUACCUUCGCCCAGUCAGGUGGCAGCUCUAGUGGAGUAGGUGCAGGAGGUGCUGGCCAGCGAGGAGAGUCACUAACACUUCCUCGUGCAGGAAAAUCCAGCGGGCGUGAGGAUCACUUCCUGGUGUAUGAAGAAUAUGGCGGAAACAUAUACAUGAGUAGCAAAAAGGAUUCAGAGAAACAACCUGAAACAGUAUGCACAACUACUACAACCCUAGUAACACCAAUCAAAAUCAAGGUACAUGGAGGUUUUGAACCUAGAAGUGGUGGUUUCCCUACCUCCAGUAGAGAAUUGUUCAGAGACGUUGGUACAAACACUCCAAAUGGUUGCUACAUAAUCACAAAAGAGAUGAAAGAAGUAAAAAAGACCAGUCCUCAUAGUCAUGGGCAUCCUCACUCAGGAAAGCCUACACACAUCAGUAAUGGACAAACCAAACAUACUGUGACCCACAUAGUUCAAACAACAAUUCGCCCAGCAUCAAUGAAUGGGGAUCCAUCACAUUUACAUCAACCUAGACCUUCGCCCAGGGAGGGGGCAGUCGGCACAGGAAGGACCCAACGGCUUCAUGGCGGAACAGUCAAAAGCUCUCCAUGGCCAGGCUUCCCUUACACAGAAGAAGGGUCAUCCCAAAUAGCACAUGACAUGGAGGGCAUUCUUCCAGGUGGCAUGACCAUAGACAGUCUCCUGCAACAACUGCGAGCACUCUCUUAAGGUUCAAAAUAUGGAUUGUUAGGUCGAACGAAAACAAGCAGUGCUCUUCGCUAUAAAUGUGCAUUCAUGCAUUUUCCACAAAUUACCUGCCACGCUAAUGUUACGUAAACAGGCUUAAGCAGCUGUCUUCCAUAUAGCCUACGAUGCCAAAAAGUGCACCUUCAUUCCUGUUAAGCUCAUCAGUUGCAAUAUAAAAUGAUGUUGAAAAUCUGUUUACUCAUCCAUUUUCAGCUGCCAUGUAAUGCAAUGAUAAGAAUGAAUUUGAAAAUAAUAUACAGUACUGUAUACAAGUGUAAUAUACAAUAAGCCAUAAGGUGUACUUAAAAUACUGCAUGCUAAGUUCCAAAAUUAAUGAUCAAAAUGAAUUCCAUACUUUUAAUGCUGCUAGCCAAAUAACCUUCUUGAACUGGGCAUUUGAAAGUGUAUGCACCGUGAACAUGCUAAGCUAUCUAGUCUCAUAGCCAUCAGAUGGUUCAAAUUUCUUCUUUACUACUUUAAUUCUGCUCUACACUCCGAUGUAUAUAAAUGUGUGCUCUUUCUGUUUUCUAACUUUCUAAAAAACGUCUAAAAUGUAUACACUGUUGGAAGUAUUGUGAUAGACUCUUCAAAUACUGUUCUAUAUAUGCAAUUUUGUUUACUUCCUGGUCUUUCAGUUACAUCUUUAAGACAAAUAUAUUAUGUACAUGGGUACCAUGCUCAAUAAAGUAUAUUACAAAAAUUUA